CUCGGCGGUGGCACUUGGGUCCCCAUGAGCCCGCAGCCCCCCGGCGCCCGGGUGUCCCGCAACCCCUGACCUGCGACCCUGUCCUCGCCAUGACCGAGACAGCCUCGGGCGCCGGGGGCGCGUCCAUGGAUGGGGAGCGUGGCAAGAGGCCCCCACCCGAGGGCGAGCCCGCGGCCCCUGCGUCUGGAGUGCUUGAUAAGCUCUUCGGGAAGCGUCUUCUGCAGGCAGGUCGCUACCUGGUGUCCCAUAAGGCGUGGAUGAGGACGGUGCCCACCGAGAACUGCGAUGUGUUGAUGACUUUUCCAGACACCACUGAUGACCAUACGCUGCUCUGGUUGUUGAACCACAUCCGGGUAGGCAUUCCAGAACUCAUCGUACAAGUUCGCCACCAUCGCCACACGCGUGCCUACGCCUUCUUCGUCACAGCUACCUAUGAGAGCCUCCUCCGUGGGGCAGACGAGCUGGGUCUGCGUAAAGCAGUGAAGGCCGAGUUCGGCGGGGGCACCCGGGGCUUCUCCUGCGAGGAGGACUUCAUCUAUGAGAACGUGGAGAGUGAGCUGCGCUUCUUCACCUCCCAGGAGCGCCAGAGCAUCAUACGAUUCUGGUUGCAGAACCUGCGAGCCAAGCAGGGGGAGACGUUGCACAACGUGCGCUUCCUGGAGGACCAACCAAUCAUCCCUGAGUUGGCUGCCCGAGGGAUCAUCCAGCAGGUGUUCCCUGUACAUGAACAGCGCAUCCUGAACCGUCUCAUGAAGUCGUGGGUACAGGCCGUGUGUGAAAACCAGCCUUUAGAUGACAUCUGUGAUUACUUUGGGGUGAAGAUUGCCAUGUAUUUUGCCUGGCUGGGCUUCUACACAUCUGCGAUGGUGUACCCAGCUGUCUUUGGCUCUGUUCUAUAUACAUUCACAGAGACUGAUCAGACAAGCCGGGAUGUGUCCUGUGUGGUCUUUGCUCUAUUCAAUGUGAUCUGGUCAACGCUGUUCUUGGAGGAAUGGAAGCGAAGGGGGAUCGAGCUGGCCUACAAGUGGGGGACGCUAGACUCGCCUGGGGAAGCUGUGGAGGAGCCACGUCCCCAGUUCAGGGGAGUGAGACGCAUCAGCCCUGUAACUCGAGCCGAAGAGUUCUACUACCCGCCCUGGAAACGGCUGCUAUUCCAGUUGCUCGUGAGCUUACCGCUGUGCUUGGCCUGUCUUGUCUGUGUCUUCUUACUCAUGCUUGGCUGCUUCCAGUUGCAGGAAAUGGUGCUGAGUGUGAAGGGACUGCCCCGCCUCACCCGCUUCCUGCCUAAGGUCAUGCUGGCUCUGCUGGUCAGUGUGAGUGCCGAGGGCUACAAGAAGCUUGCAAUAUGGCUCAAUGACAUGGAGAAUUACCGGCUAGAGAGUGCCUAUGAAAAACAUCUCAUCAUCAAAGUUGUCUUGUUUCAGUUUGUGAACUCAUACUUGAGUCUGUUCUACAUUGGCUUCUACCUCAAGGAUAUGGAGCGUCUAAAAGAGAUGCUGGCCACCUUGCUCAUCACCCGGCAGUUUUUGCAAAACGUGCGUGAAGUCCUGCAGCCACACCUGUACCGCCGGUUGGGCAGUGGGGAGCUGGGCCUCAAGGCUAUCUGGGAGUUGGUCCGGGCCCUGCUGGGCCUGCUGAGCCUCCGGCUCCCCUUGUCCCGCCGCCUGGAGCCCCAGGCUGAUGAGGGCAGUGUGGGGAGCCGCAGGUGUCUGGGUGGAGGCUGUGGGGUGCCUGAGGAGGAGGAAGAGGCCACAGUGGAGCUGAGGCCAUCUGGAGAAGGUGGGGAAGUUGGGGAUGGGCCUCAGGGUGGCAAAGAGGAGGAUGAGGAGGAGGAAGAAGAGGAGGAGGAUGAGGAAGAAGAUGAGGGUGAGGAAGGAGGCCUCCUGGACUGUGGGCUGAGAUUCAAGAAGGUCAGCUUUGCAGAGCGAGGUGCCGGGAGACGCAGGCCUGGCCCAAGCCCAGAGGCCCUCCUGGAGGAGGGAAGUCCCACCAUGGUGGAGAAGGGGCUGGAGCCAGGGGUGUUCACUCUGGCUGAGGAAGAUGAGGAUCCUGAGGGACCUCCUAGCAGCCCUGAGCUGGUGCCACAGACCAUCCUAUUGCGGCGAGCUGGUGGUGAGGGCCGUGACCAUGGGCCAGAUGGAGGCCGGGACCCAGAGACAGGCUCUGGUGACACGGUAGGAAGACAGAAGAGGCAGAACCGGUCAUCUUGGAUUGAUCCACCUGAGGAAGAAGAUUCACCCCAGCUCACGCAAGCAGAGCUAGAGAGCUGUAUGAAGAAGUAUGAGGACACGUUCCAAGACUACCAGGAGAUGUUUGUGCAAUUCGGCUACGUGGUGCUCUUCUCUUCUGCCUUCCCGCUGGCCGCACUGUGUGCCCUGGUGAACAACUUGAUCGAGAUCCGCAGCGAUGCCUUUAAGCUGUGCACGGGCCUGCAGCGGCCCUUUGGCCAGCGCGUCCAGAGCAUUGGCCAGUGGCAGAAGGUCAUGGAGGCCAUGGGCGUGCUGGCCAUCGUGGUAAACUGCUACCUCAUAGGCCAGUGUGGGCAGCUGCAGCGCCUCUUCCCCUGGCUGAGCCCGGAGGCUGCCAUUGUAUCGGUGGUGGUGCUGGAGCAUUUUGCUCUGCUUGUCAAGUACCUCAUCCACGCGGCCAUCCCCGAUAUCCCCAGUUGGGUAGCUGAGGAGAUGGCCAAACUUGAAUACCAGCGAAGGGAGGCCUUCAAGAGGCACGAGCGACAGGCGCAGCAUCACUUCCAGCAGCAGCAGCGGCGACGACGCGAGGAGGAAGAGCGCCAGCGCCACGCGGAGCAUCACGCGCGGCGGGAGCGCGACCCGGGCGGCCGGGAGGAGGCGCGCGCCGAGGGCUCGGGGCAAGACCCCGCCGCCCCAGAGAAGUCCUCGGCCAAGGCCAAGGGCAGCAGCGCCGCGGGUGGCCAUGGCGCGGAGCGGCCCAGGCGGCCGGGGUCAUUGCUGGCCCCUAACAACGUGAUGAAGCUGAAGCAGAUCAUCCCCCUGCAGGCCAAGUUCUUGUCGCCCGCGGCCGCGGGGCCCGGCUCCGCAGCGCGCGCGCCCGCCGCGCAGUCGCCCACGGCCGGGGACACGCGCCUACCCGCCUUCCUCAGCUUCAAGUUCCUCAAGUCGCCCGAGGCGCGGCGGGACCACGAACGCAGCCACUCGCCGCCCAAAACCUUCCACGCCGGCAAGCUUUUCCCCUUCGGGGGGACCCGGGCCGAGGCCACAUCCAACGGGGCUCCGGGCGUCCAGGCACGGCAAGACGCCGCCCCGGGCGGCGGCAGUGGCGGCGGCAGCCGGGUGCAUCGGAGCGGGUCGGGGGACGAGGUCUCGGCUGAGGAGCUGGAAGCCGCCCGGCCCGAGGAGGAGGGCUCAGGGACUGCGCCGGCUCUCGUCCUGCGCACGCGCCGCAGCCGGAGCCCCGCGUCGCUACCACCAUCGAGGCCACUGUCCCGGCCCCCAACGCCGCCCGCCAGCUGCUGGCAGUGGGACACGCCCUGGGGCUGCGGGGGCGACGGCGCCCAGCGUCCGCCCUGCGCCCCGGCUGGGCCGGAACCGCAGGCCCUGCCUGGGGACGGCAGCUUCUACAGCCUCGCGCCACCCGCGCUCGAGUCCCCAGCGUCCCCGGCGUCUCCAGAGUCCCCGCCCGGUCCCAGCCCCAGCCCGCAGGCUGCGUGCUGGCCCGGCGCCUGGCAUUAGCCCGCUCGCCAAGCCUUCCUUCCUUCCUUCAUAUGCAAUAUCGCGGCCCGUGGGGGCAUCCCCAGUAUUGGCCUCCCCGCACAGGCCUAUCUGCCGUUUUCCUUUUGACCAGGAUGGGGGAGACAAAUGCAAGACCUCCCCCCCAAUACCAAUACAUAAAAACCAGAAUAGGCAAUUAUUUAUUUGUUUUUAAUUUAUUUUGUCAUAUUUUUGUAAAACGGCAGAAAUGCAAUAAAAAGUAUAUUUCAACAGUG